GGAAAAAUUAUAAACCAGUCGGGUUCGAAAUACUAAGAAAACAGGCAGCAUGGCGGACGAUGUGAACGACAUCGGGAAGAAAGAUGAUGAUCAAGCGGAAAGGGAGCAUUUUAUCAGGAUUAUUAACGCCUUCAAGUUCUACAGGAGUUUCUCGAUGCGGAGAGUUUACAACGCGGAGAAGUCGUUCAACAGUCUCCCACAGCAACACCAGGAACUCAUUCCACGUUUCCUCGACAAUUUAAAAACUAUACAAACCUGUAUCACCCACAAUUAUGAAAUAAUCCGCCUUAUCAUUAAAGAUGCAGAGUACAUCUUUGAGAACAAAACUCACGAAGCCGAUGACAAGCCAGAAGAAAACUUGAAGCAAAUGCCACCUACAAACUUUGAUAUGGACAAGGUCAAGACAACCCUAAAACAGUUCGUGAGAGACUGGAGUGCUAGUGGGGAACAAGAGAGGAGAGAGUGUUACGACCCUGUCUUGUCUGAGGUCAAGGAAAUCUUUAAGGACAGGGACAGGUCUGGUGUGAGUAUACUGGUUCCUGGGGCGGGCCUGGGGAGACUGGCCUUUGAGUUUGCGUCCUGUGGCUUCAGGUGUCAAGGAAACGAGUGGAGUCUGUUUAUGUUGCUGGCCUCCAACUUUGUUCUAAACAAGUGCACAGAGGUAAAUUCUUUCACCCUGUAUCCAUGGAUACACCAAUGGACAAACAACAAAAUGACAGCUGACCAAACACAACCAGUACAAUUCCCUGAUGUAAACCCUAGUGACCUGCCCUCUACUUCAGAUUUUUCAAUGGCUGCUGGAGAUUUUCUGGAAGUGUAUCAAACCCCAGACACGUUUGACAGUGUGGUGACUGUGUUUUUCCUGGAUACAGCACACAAUGUUAUAGCCUACAUAGAGACUAUAUAUGAUAUACUGAAGCCAGGGGGAUACUGGGUCAACCUAGGUCCUCUAUUGUAUCACUAUGCAGACAUUGAGAAUGAGACUUCCAUAGAGCUCAGCUUUGAGGAGGUGAAAAAAGUGGUCAAAAAGGUCGGAUUUCGUAUACAGAAAGAGGAGGCUGACAUACCUACAACUUACACCCAGAAUCCAGCCUCCAUGCUACUGUAUAAAUACCACAGCGUCAAGCUUGUGUGUCAAAAACCACACGAGUCGGACACCACGUGACGUGUCACAUGACAUCCUGACAAGAACACCCCACUAUGAACAUUGUACAUUGUAGCUACAGAGUAUUGUUUUUAAUAGACUUUUUUUUAUCAAUCACAGAGGGAAUGUGAGAGGCAAUUCAGGUUUCUUGUACUGAUUUAGCCACUUUUUAGGGAUGUAGAAUAGAUUUUUUUUUCUACCUGAAAAUUGUACACAAGAUCUCAGGAAUGAAAAUAUAAGCCAUGUUUGUAUAGAAUCUUCUCUGAAAAGACAUCCCUGUUUAAUACUUACUGUUGGUAAUAUUUUACACGGUUUCAUGUGGAUUGAAAUGAAUCUUAAAAUGCUGUUUAUCUUUGGGUUUUACCAUGUUUACCACAGAAAUUGACCAUGAUGAAGACAAAUGUUGAAACUACUGUAUUUGGAUAAUGUUAAGGGUUCAGUGCAUAUAGAAUGUUAUAAAUAAUGUCAUAAGUUUGAAGAUUUCUUUAACUUUGAUAAACUGAGAGGUUGUACUUGCAUUUGGAAAACAUGAUUCCAUGGAUUCCUCUGCAAUAUUUACUAGCACGUGUGUAGGGAAUUUGCCAAAUACAGUAAUGCUCUGGUUUAUUUUCUUCUUUUAAAACUAUACAUGUCUAUGUUUAAUCCUGAAUAAAAACAAUGGUUUCUAAUA